AUGUUGUAAAAAUAAUUGGGUUAAAAUUCGUCUUUAUAUGACCUAUGGGUCAUGACUGCAAUUUUUGUGAGAGGAUAAUUUGUUUGUUCAUAAGCCAUCGAAAUUUGUUUACUGAUAAUUAACUCGCUUUAAACCUUAAUUAUGGCAAUUCAUCCAACAUUUACACUAAUUAAAGACUUUCAAGUAAAUUCCUCUCCAGAUCUAAUAUACACCUUUAUUAUUAGAACAGAGAUUUAUAUUCUAAUUAAUUAUAAUUUAUAGGAAGAACUAAUUUAUUUAUUUAUUUUGGCAGUGGUGUUCAUCAGUAAAAUUGGGUUUAUUAUUUUAAUGUUUAUGAUAAAAAAUAAUUAUCACUCUGAUAAAUUUGUGUAAUAAAUUUAGCAUUAUAUACCUUUACAAAUUUUUGUGAGAAUUCAAAGUUAUUAUUAACAAUUACUUUGUCCAGUAUUUAUUAUUCCAUUUAACACUAUCAUAUUAUUGUCUAUUAAAAAAAGUUUUUAUUUGAUCGAAUUAAAUUAACCCAUAUAAUAUGUGAAUUUAGCAUUUGCAAUUAUUACAUUCAUAAUUUUACAAAUAGAUUAAAUAUUGAUUUGUUCCAUUAAUAAACAACCAAUUACAUUUAAAAUGAAACCUAUGGACAGAUUAAAAGUUACAGAAUCCCAUUUUAUUAUUUAUAUUUUUUCUACUAUCUCCGUCAUAUUGUUUACUUUAAUGUAAGAUAAUUAAUCAAUUAGAAUUAUUUAAUACAUUUUGAUUUUUGUAAUAUAAGUAGUUUCCAUCAGAAAUUAAUUUAAAAAUUCAAUUUAUAUUUAUAGAUAUCAAGAAAUUAUACUUUAUUCGGGUUGUCUCUUUUAAUUACUUUACUGCAUACUUUAAUUUAUUGAUAAUUUUAAUCAAACCAUUAAUUAAACAUUCCUAUUACUUGUAAUAACUCCACUUAUGUUAGUAUACAUUCUUUCAAAUAUUAAUCGUAGAAAGACUUAAGAUUUUCUACUAUUUUUUAAAUCAUCAAAUACACCUGAUAUAUAAAUUAUAAUGAAUACAUUAGUCAAUAUACUUAAUAAAUGUGACAUUAAUGAAAAUUAUGUUGCAAUAAGAUCUUCUUUAAUCAACUACUAUCAUUCCAAAUAAUGUCUAUAAAAACAAUGUUCUUGUUCAACUACUUUCUAUAUAGCAGAACCAAGAUAAGCAAAUGCUAUAACAGGACAAAUAUUUAGAAGUUUUAUUUAUGAAAAAAUAUCUCAAAUUAAAAAGGCUAUUUAUAAGAAAAAUUCAAAAUUUUAUUGUAAUUAAGAAUUACUUGUUUAAUAUGCUAUAUUUCUAAAUGAUUUUGGUUGGACUAUGUUAGCUGCUAAAGCUUUCAAUAAAAUAUUAAUAAAUGAUACUAUCAAUCCGUCUAAUAAUAAAAAUUUAAAUCUUGAAUUUGAUAAAACUUCUAUUCAAAAAAUUAAAAAAGAACUAACCAUAAAAUCUACAACUUUAUAAUAUAAGAAGUUUAAAUCAUUAGACUCAGAAAAAGAGAAAUAAAAUGCUAACGAAAUGAAAUUAUAUUUUAAAAUUAGUUUAGGAAUUAUUGAUAGAGCAAGAACUAUUCAAUUAUUUAAUUAAACUAAAUGGAAUCUCAAAGCUUCAUUUGGUUCAUCAUUAUAAGCAGCCUAAUAAACAUAAAUCUCAGACUCUAUAAAUCAAUAUUUACAUUAUGAAUUUAUUAUUUAAAAAAUUAAAGAAAUCAUUGUUGAUUUAAUAAAUUAAAAAGUUUCCAUUUUCUAAGAAUUAAUUAAGGAACAAUAAUAAUUUGAUUUUAAAAAAACUCUUAAAAAAACUAAUGAACUUUGCAGCAAUCUCUAUAUAACCGAGAAUUUCAUUAAAGCUUAAUUUAAUAAAUUCCCAAGUAUUAGAUUAUAGAAGGCAUUAACUUUCUUUUUGGCAGAAUUGUACAGUAAUUUUAUUGAGGCUAAUAAAGUCUAUAAUCAAUCUAUUAAUGUAGAUUUAAAAUUUAUUUAAAAUAAUCAUUCUGCAUUAAAUUUAACGCAAUAGUAGAGUGCAUAUGUAAUAUUAUCUCUAAAUGAAGAUUUAAAACAUUUAGAAGUUCAAACUAUCUCAAAUUAAAUGCUUAAUUUGAUAGGAAAACCAAAAUAAGUAAAUACAUGUUUUCCAGAAAUAUUACCACUAUUCUUUUAUUAAUAUCAUCCAUUGAUGGUUAAUAAUUUUUUAUCAACAGGUAAAUCUCGGUAUUAUAGAAACUUUAGUGCUAAUUUUGUCAAUGUUCAUGAUUGCUUAGUAAAAGGAAUAUAAUUAUGUUAUGAUACAACAUCAAUAUUUCAUCAUUCAUAAUUAGUUUUUGUUGCAUUUAUAUAAGAAUUAAUUUAUGAAAAAUGCUACAUCAUAGUAGAUGGCUUUGAUAAAAGCUUUGUUAGUUUAUCUUUAAACUUUUUAUAGAAAAUAGGUUACGAUGACAAUUUAAUUAUUAAAAUGGCGAAACAUAAAUAUUUGAAUGAUAUAUCGAUUUAUAAUAUAUUUCCAUCAUUUGAUUUUGCUUUACAAAAAUAACAACAAGAUAAUAGACUUUUGAUUGAAAAACUAUUUUUUUUUGAUUAUUUAAAAGUAAGAAAAUCUACAGUUGUAGAAAAUAAAGAAAAAAGAAUGUCGAACUUGAAUCCAAAUAUUUGGAAAUAAAAAGAAAAAGUGUUAUCUUUUAUAGCUAAACUUAAUAUCAUUGAAAGAAAUCAUUAGGAUUUUUCAUAUUUUAUAAUAGAAAUUCAAGAUAUAUAAUAAUUAAGUGGCUAGAAUAAUAUAUUUUUAGAAGAAGCAUAUGAAUAAGAAUCAUUAAUAUCGGGAACAUCAAAUAUUAGUAAUAGCUAAAGUUGUGUAAUUAGUUAAAUUGAUGAGGACCAUCCAAAUUAAAUAUAUAUUCAAGACUUAAAUAAUUAGGGAACAUUAUUUUCACCAUUAACAACGUUUUUUAAUAUUCCUGGUGAUUAAAGUUCUCGUUAAACACAAAUGUUAAUUAAAGAGACUACUCCAAAUAAUGCGGUUGAGAAUUUAGUAAAUUAAAAGGAAAUCAAUAAAUCUUCUUUAUAAAUAAAACAGUAGUAAUAAGCUUUUUACAAUAGCAACUUAUCUCAUUUAGUUUCUUAUUAGGAUAGAUCAUCAAUCCGAUCAAAUUAGAAAGAUGACCAUCAUUAAGAAUAAAUAUAAUAAUAAUAAUAAGAAUUAUAGUAUGCCUAAUCUCAAUCAUCUGUGGCUAGCAUAAAUUUAUCAGUUAAUUAUAAAAAGUACGAAUUGGUUGAAAAGAUAACUUCAUAAAGACCUCCUUUAAAAGUUAAUUAAUUUAUAGGAUUUUUAUUAUUUUAAAAUAUGAUUUAAAUGAUUUAUUUCAUUAUCAUUUUAACAAUAAUGCCAUCAGAUUUAGAUAACAGCAUAGUUGAAAUUAAUAUGAUUGGACUCCAUUCAGAUGUAAUGGCACCACAUGAUCUUUAUUUCUCAAUGAGAGUAACUUUAUCAUCAUAUUAAUAAGCUUUUAGGGAAGGGUUUUUAAAUUAAACUUUAUUUACUUAACUUACAGAUCCUUAUUAUAAUAAUAUCUAUCUUGGAUAUCAAGAAUUAAAAAAUAGUCUUUAUAAAUAAUUAACUAAUCCUUAUUUAUAACCAUUCUAUAAUGAUUAUAAUAUGAAUAUAAAAUUCAUGAAAGAUAAUGAUACUUAAAUAGUCACUGAAAAUAUGACUUUUAGGGAAAUUCUAUUAGUUAUCUUAUAAUAUUAAUUUGCUUAUGCUAUAAAAUAUGGAAGAAGAGAAAGUCCAAGUGGAUCUACUUAUUAAGUGUUUCUUUAUGCUAAUUAUUUUGACUUACAUGAUUUAUUAACUUAAAUUACUGAAGAAAUAUUUAUAUAUUCAAAAUCAAGAUCAACUAGUGUGAAUCAAAAGUGGACAAUUUUUUGGUUGAUUUCAAUCAUAAUCAUAAUCAGUACAAGUGUAAUUUCAUUUUUCUACUAUCAUUAAUAUUUAAUUCAAUAUGAUAAAUAUUUAUAUCUUAUGGAUUAUUUGCCUUUUGAAAUUUUAGAAAAUGAAAUUACUAAAUAAAAAUCUAUUAUGUCAUAGAUUAUUAAUGAUGAAAAAAUGAUAUUUGAUUACUAAUUCAAUUUUGAUAAUUGUUAAAAUAAACCAAAUAAUCCGAUGUCUAAAAAUUCAAUCAAUAAAAAAAAUUAAAAAUUAAAAAAAAUAUUUAAAGCAAGUAGAUUGAAACCUGCUAUUAUGUUAUUUAUGUUUUGCUCAAUUUUCGUAUCCUUUUCAACAUUAGUCGAUUAAUCAAGUUAAAAUUUCUUUGGAAAAUAUUAAUCGACGAUAGACUUUUUUAAAUUAAUUUCGGAUUUAAAACUUAGAUCAGGAAAUGUUAUAAUGUAGAAAGAAAUAUUUUAUAGAUGGGUCAAUUUUACAUAUCUUUCAAAUUAUGAUUAAGAAAGAUUAUAUCUUCUUGUUAAUUAAGCGAUUUAAAUUAUGAAUCAUUAUGUUGUGUAUGGCAAUUCUUUUUAAUUUGAUAAAUUAAUUGUUUCUGAUACGUUUAUUUAGUAUUAUCAAAAAGUUGAAACUGAAAAUUUAUGCGACAUAUUAACAGAUGUAUUUUUACUUAAUUUAUUAGAAUUUCAAAAAUUUUAUGUACAAUUAAUGCAAUUUAGCCUUUGAAGGAACUUUAAAGCAAGGAACAAUUUAAAGUUUAAACUACAUUACAAAUCUUAUAAAAGCAGAAUAAGCUAUCAAUAAUUUUACAAAGAGGCUUACUUAUAAUUUAUAUGAACAAGAAGGCUCAUAAGUGAUAACUAGAAUUUUUAUAUAAUUAAAUGAAUAAUUGUCAUAAGGAAUUGAAGAAAAAACAAAAAUUUAGAUUUAUUUUAGUAAAGUAAUUAUUUAAUAUUGAUUUAGACUCUUUCAAUAAUAUAUCUGAUAAUUGCAUUAGUGGGUUGUUUGUUUGUGGCUAAAUUAUUAAGAUAAUAUUUGAUUUUUGAAUAUUAUUUAAUAAAGAAAAUAGUUAACAUUGCUCCAUUACAAGUCUUAAUUGAAGAUGAAUCUUAUGAAAGAUAACUAAGAUUACUAAUACAACAAUAAGAAAUCGGUUGA